UUUAGUGAUUAUAGUGAAUAUUAGUGAAUGCGGUUAAUUGUCCGACAUACAAAUUACAGACAUCUGACGUACGACAUUCUAACAUUUAGUUUCAGACUAGUAUUUCAAUCGGUAGAAUGUCAAUACUCACUAACCAGUACUACGAACUAGUGGGCAGUGGCGUAACGUAAUACGUUCACAGAACACUGAAAGUAUUUUUAAAUCUUCCUGGAGUCCCCUUAGCCCCCCUUUCCACCUUCCCGUGGCUACGCCGCUGUUAGUUUCAACCAAAACAAUUGUCAGUUGGCCAGUCAACAACACUUUGUGGAGUGUAUACUUUAAAACAAUUCCAAACAACAACUUUUAACUUGCUGGUGUCCAUCGGGGCAUAUAACAGGGUGCGUGACACAGCAGGCCGCAGCAGUCAUAAGUUGAUUUUAUUCGUAAAUCGCGGUUGUGACUCAUUUUAAGGAAGAAAUAAAUAAUGCUGUUGUACGAUAGUAGGUAAUAAUAAUGUCCGUUGUCUCGUAGUCGUCUAUUCGACUAGCGUCUGACGAACGCUAAAACACAAGACGUAACGAAUAACUACGAUUAUCGAUUAAUAAUAAAGUGAUGUUAUUACGCUCUACAGUGAUCAGUAGUCGAUCGUUAAAAGUCUGCGGAGCCGUCGUCAGGCGGUGGAAGAGAAGACGAAAGCGAUCUCGAUCGACGUCGUCACGCCACAGUACCUACGACUACGACGGCCGGUUCCGUCGCUCAGUUCCGCCGCAUCACUCGUGCGUUUCGGUCCGUCUCCGUCCCGUGUUCGGUCUGUUCUGUCGGAAGACGGGGGACAAUCACGUAAGGCAGUCUAUGCAGAUAUAGUACGUGACAUCCACACGCGGACAGUCUUGUACGGCGUCCACCAUCGCCGUCGUCGGAGACGGUUGCAGUUCGUCGCGUCGCACGCAGUGACUCAGCCUAGUCUUCACACGACUAGAAGAUGUUGUCACGUUUUAGCGGCCGCCUUGUGGUCGUCCUGCUCAUAGCAGCGCUCAAUACUGGUCCGGCGUGCACAGAACUUAUUGGCCUAUACGAAGACACUGAUUUGAUGGAAAUAUUGGAUAAAACUAAUUUUAAUGACAAAGUAUUGCAAGGAAACACAUCUUAUGUGAUUGAGUUUUACAAUGCCUUUUGUGGACAUUGUAUACGGUUUUCAACCCCUUGGAAAGGACUUGGAAUUCAAGUCUACGGGUGGAGAAAUUAUGUAAAAGUUGGUGUAAUUGACUGUUCAAAUGAAAUAAACAGUCAAAUAUGCCGAGAUUAUGAAGUCAUGGCUUAUCCUACUGUACGCUACUUUCCUCCUCGGCCAGCAUCAGAUAAUAUUGGAAAAGAAUUUAUUAGGUCUUUUAAUAUACAAGUUAUGAAAGAUUUUCUCAUUAAAAUGCUUCAAGAAACUCAAAAAAACACAACUGAAUCAACUUUGUGCGAUAUACAGCCCUACGAAAAAGUCAAUGUAGAAUUGGAUACAAAUAAUAUUUUAACAUUUAUUGUAAUUGAUAAAUCAAACAAUAAGCUUGCGCAGGAGCUUAUUAUUGAUUUCUGUCCAGUCAAAAGAGUUAAAAUAAUAAGCGCAGAAAAUUCUAACACAGAAUUGGCUGACCUAUUAAAAACAGAAACAUAUCCAAGUCUUUAUCUGGUUGAAAACAAUAACCAAUUCAAAUUUUUAGCUAGUGGAAAUAACAAAACAAAUUUUACAAAUGUCAUUAAUAAGUACUUGGAAACAGUGCACAUGACUCCAUUUAGUUUAAUUGAUAUUACUACAACGCUUUAUAAUUUAUUAUUUCAAAAAGACAAAGGUUCAGUGCAUAACGAUAACACAGUUUAUUUGUCAGAUUUAGAAGCUACUUUAAGAUAUUCUUUAGAACAUGAGAUUCUAUCACGGAGUGUUAUCACUGGUGAGUCAUUAAAUGCGUUGAAUAGUUACUUAGAACUUCUUAUUGAAUGUUUCCCUUCUAGCAUUAGAGGUAAAAAAUUCAUUAAGUUAAUAUGGGAUCAUACACGUUUCAAUAAAACAGUAUCAGGAGAGAAACUUGGAAAUUUUAUUAACGGCUAUGAAUUAUUGUUAAAACCUUAUGUUACUAAUCAUAUUUGGAUUGGAUGUGAAGGUAGCCAGCCAAUGUAUAGAAAAUAUCCAUGUGGCUUAUGGACUAUGUUUCAUACACUUGCAGUACAAGCAUCUACAAAGAAUUUGAUAACAUUUAAUGGAAAACAAGUUUUGGAAACUAUUGCUGGUUAUGUAAAACAUUUCUUUGGAUGUACUGAUUGUUCUGAACAUUUCAUGAAUAUGGCUACAACAAUUCAAACCAAUGUUUCUUCAUUGGAUGAUGCAGUGCUGUGGCUUUGGUCAGCUCAUAAUCAAGUAAAUCAAAGACUUAAGGGUGAUGUUACUGAAGAUCCAAUGCAUCCAAAAAUAUUAUUUCCGUCGAAAGUACAUUGUGAAACAUGUUAUCAAAAUGGUACUGAUAUGUGGAAUAAAACUGAAGUGCUAAAAUAUUUGAAAAAUAUGUAUUCAGCCAUCAGUCUUCAAAAGACACCAUAUGAUAAUAUUCAUUCUCAACCUAAAAAUUUGAUAAUUUCCGGUAAAAGAUCCAUUGACGACGAUGAUGAUAUUAAUUAUAAUAACAAUGUGCUUGAUGAAAAAGUAUGGAUGUUUGAUAUUAAUACUUGUAUGGUAAUAUAUAUUUUAUCAUGUAUUGUUUUAAUGACCUUAUUUUAUUUAUUGUUGGUGAAGAAGCACUGUAAAAAAAAUAAAUUUAUUUAUUUGAUACGGGGUAAAGUUUGAUUGUUACUAUAAUUUAAAUGUUUUUUUUUCUAUUAAAUAUAAUUUAAAUUUGUUACUAAGAUAUUAUAUAUUUUAUACAACUCAUUUACAAAUUUAAAAAUAAUUUAACUAUAAGACUGUGUUAUGUAAUAAAUACAAAUAGAUUCUGAUAUAUUAAAUUAAAAAUGUAUUUUUGCUUUCACAUUUUGAAUAUUAUAAUAAAAUGUUACCUACAUAUUAUUAAUUUUAAUACAAAUAAUUCUUUAUCUUAUAUGUUAUUUUGUGUACUAUUUGCAAAUGCUAAAACAAUUUGUUAUUUUGGAAAAUUUUACUACAAAAUGUUUUUACUUUAUUAAACAGUAUAAGAUUUUAGUUUCAUAAA